AUAUAAAAAUGAGGUGGUUAGGGCAGUCGUUGGCAACACUGACGGUGGUGGCGAUGGUGGUGGGCGUUGGUAACACUGCUGUGGCUGAUUAUUCCCCAGACUCUCCGCCGCAGGUGUACGACUACCGCUGCCAGUCAACAGAUAACGACCCUGAUGCUGAUUGUAUCUUCGGCAUAGCUGGUCAGGACUACCCAACUCUAAGACAAGUACCCGAUACAAAAUUCACCUGUGUUGACCUCUUACCGGGGAUCUAUGCUGACCCCGAUGCUGCCUGUCAGGUGUACCAUAUGUGCCUUCACGAUGGCCACGUCCACUCGUUCCUCUGCCCCAAUGGAACAGUAUUCCACCAGGAGUAUUUCAUCUGUGACCUGUGGUUCAAUGUGGACUGUAACAAGGCUGUUGACUUCUAUUUCCUCAAUGAAUAUAUUUACAAAGAUCCUGAACCCAAGGAAAUUAGGAUUAGUUAUGUUUGAGUGAGGUGAUAAAGGUGUUUGAAUGCGUUUGUGUGGGUUUGAGUGUGUUUGUGUGGGUUUGAGUGUGCUUGUGUGGGUUUAGAUAG